GCUGACCACGUGAUGGGCGGCCCCUCCCCCUCCCCGUGGCCGCGCGGCGUCGCUCUCCGGGUAUUUGAACCGCGCUUCCGCCAUCUUCCCAGCGCCCAGUCACUGAGGGGAGCGACGCGGAGAGACGCCUCGGGAGAGACCCAGCAUGGCCGCCCAAGGAGAGCCCCAAGUGCAGUUUAAGCUUGUCCUGGUUGGUGAUGGUGGCACUGGUAAAACAACAUUUGUAAAACGUCAUUUGACUGGUGAAUUUGAAAAGAAGUAUGUAGCGACGCUGGGUGUUGAAGUUCAUCCUCUGGUGUUCCAUACUAACAGAGGUCCUAUUAAAUUUAAUGUAUGGGACACAGCUGGCCAAGAAAAAUUUGGUGGCCUGCGAGAUGGCUACUACAUCCAAGCUCAGUGUGCCAUAAUAAUGUUUGAUGUAACAUCAAGAGUUACUUACAAGAAUGUACCUAACUGGCACAGAGAUCUGGUACGAGUAUGUGAAAACAUCCCUAUAGUGUUGUGUGGCAACAAAGUGGAUAUUAAGGACAGAAAAGUCAAGGCAAAAUCCAUUGUCUUCCACAGGAAGAAGAAUCUCCAGUAUUAUGACAUUUCAGCUAAGAGUAACUACAACUUUGAGAAGCCUUUCCUCUGGCUUGCUAGAAAGCUAAUUGGAGAUCCUAACUUGGAGUUUGUUGCCAUGCCUGCUCUUGCACCACCUGAAGUUGUUAUGGACCCAGCACUGGCAGCACAGUAUGAGCAAGACUUACAGAUUGCUCAAACUACUGCACUGCCAGAUGAAGAUGAUGACCUGUGAGGGAUGAAGCUGGAGCCCAGCGUCAGAAGUCUAGUUUUAUAGGCAACUGUCCUGUGAUGUCAGUGGUGCAGCGUGUUUGCCACUUUAUUAUCUAGCUGAGCAGAACAUGUGCUUAAUCUUUGGGAUGCUGAAAGAGAUGAAUGGGCUUCGGAGUGAAUGUGGCAGUUUAAAAAAAAAAAACAAAAAAACAAAAAACAAACAAAAUGAAAAAAAAACCAAAACAAAAAACUUCAUAUUUUGGACCUGCAUAUUUAGCUGUUUUUUGGACUGCAAUUACUUCCCCUUUUGAGUUUCAAAUAUAAGACUGCUGCAGUCACAUCAGAGUGUUAAGUGGUAAAUCUUGUUUCUGUCAUUCUCAUUCUUUUUUGUUUAGAUAAUAAAGUUGUAUUUCAAGUAUCUCUAAGCAAGUGAACUUUCAUACAUUGUUAGGAAAACUCUUCAAAGUGUCUUUUGCUCUUCAGUUGAGGCUAAUACUUGAUUGUCUACUGCCUUUCUCAUUCUCUGUUCUCCUCUUCCCUUCUGCUUCUCAUGUUAUGCUUCUCUUGCUAAAUCAGAGCUAACAGUUAACCUUCCCUUGAUUUCCUGAAGCGUAUAAUUAAAGCACCUGAGGAAAGCUGAACUAACUGCCAGGUUAAACUAAAGCAGAGAACACUGGACUGGUAAGUGUGACUGGAUCAACAUUCCCAUGCAGAGGGAAUGUUUGUGGUUUGCAGGGUGUCUUGAGAGAAAAGUGUGUAGUUCAGCUUGCAUAUGCUACCAUUAGAUGCAGUCUCAACUCUCUGACUUUUAGUACAAUAUGCCUUCACAGAGCUCUGUAUUUUUAGUAGCCAAAAACAAAUGGCAUCUAGGUCCGUUAGGUGACUCUAAAGCUGUAUCUUUGCAUGGAACAUCAUUCAGUAGAACUAUAGCUGAUUAAACAAAUUCUCUCUAAGCAUCUUAAACUUCACUAACUAGAAAACAGCUGUAGUUUGAGCUAAAAAGCUCUUGGCUACAAAACAAAAUAUCUAGACUACUGUAACUGCACCAAGUUCUUAAUUUGAAACUCUAGCUUAUUACAGCACAAAUGGUGGAAAAUGUCAACUUUUAACACUAUCUUGUAGAGAUUAAUCUUGGUCAAUAUUAGUACUGCUAGUAAACAAAACUAAGAUACCAUUUUUCAGUAGUGUUUGAGUACAUGAAGCCUUGAACUCUUCAGUUUUGUAUUUUUGGUUUCUUAAUAAAGUGGAGCAUUUCAUUUA